ACUCAAGUCUUCAGUCUGACAGCAUGCACAUCAUUAAAGCACACAGGGGAUGUUAAGAUAUCUUUAAAAUUGAGGGCAAAAAGAAUUCCUACUGCACUAAGUAUGCGAUAAUUCAGUGCGCUUUAGGAAAAAAUCAUCUGUAAAUGCACAAUUUCUAGCUUGGUUGACUUUCAUCAGCUGCAGAAAUGGAGAUUGAGUCAAUGGUAGCAAACUGUGCACUCAUAAAAGCACGAGAAGUAGGCAACGGUGGGAACCGCAAAGGAAGGAGUCGAAAAUGGAAGGAAUUUCUGCGUUUACCGCACAUAAACGAGUGCAAAGAGCUGGAGGAAUACAUCGAGCGAGAUUAUUACAGUCUGUGUGUCAACCAGCCCAUCGGAAAACAACUCUUCCGGCUUUUCUGUGCAACCAAAUCUGAUCUGCAGCACUGCAUUGACCUGCUGGAUGAAACGGCUGAAUACGAGGUCACGCCGGAGGACAAGAGAAGGAAUUUUGGCAAGCAGCUCAUCAAUAAAUAUCUCACCUCACAGUCCUCUAGGGUGCGUGAGAUUGUAGACAAAGAACUUGAGAGGUGCAGCUACGACCUGGAGCUCAACGCUGCUGAAGAUAUAUUCAGCUACUGCCAAAAGGCACUUCAUGAGUAUCUGAGCGGAGCUCCAUUUGCAGAGUAUCAGAAAAGCAUGUACUUUGACCGAUUCCUGCAGUGGAAGAUGGUGGAGAGACGCCCGAUCACACGAGACCUGUUUCGAGAGUACCGUGUUUUGGGAAAGGGUGGGUUUGGAGAGGUGUGUGCGUAUCAGUCCCGAGCAUCAGGGAAAAUGUACGCCUGUAAGAAACUAGAGAAGAAACGCAUUAAGAAGCAAAGAGGGGAAGGUAUGGCCCUCAACGAGAAACAGAUCCUAGAACGGGUCAACAGCAGAUUUGUGGUCAGUUUAGCAUACGCUUACGAGACGAAAGAGGCUCUUUGUCUGGUGCUGACGCUGAUGAACGGAGGAGACCUGAGGUUUCACAUCUACAACAUGGGCACCGAGGGGCUCAACAAAGAAAGAGUACAGUUUUACGCUGCUGAGAUCCUGUGCGGCUUGAACCAUCUCCAUAAAAAGAACAUCAUUUAUAGGGAUUUAAAGCCAGAAAACAUUCUGCUGGAUGAUAAUGGUCACAUUCGGAUCUCUGAUUUGGGACUAGCCGUAAUCUUGCCAGAGGAAAAUGUUGUGAAGGGCAGAGUGGGAACAGUGGGUUAUAUGGCACCAGAAGUGAUCACAAACACAUACUACAGUGUAAGUGCGGACUGGUGGGGACUCGGAUGUCUAAUCUACGAGAUGACGGAUGGAAAUCCUCCGUUCCGCAAGCACAAGGAACGACUGCCGAGACAGGAGAUGGAAAGAAGAGUGAUCGAGACAGUCGAAAAUUACGGGAAGAAGUUCGACGAGGACACCAAAUCCAUCUGCAAAAGCCUCCUAGCUAAAAACCCAGGGGAGAGACUGGGCUGCAAAUUCAAGCGUGGGUCAGAGGCCGUCAAAGCUCACGCGUUCUUUAAGGACAUCAACUUUACCAGACUUGAGGCGGGAAUGAUGCCACCACCCUUUGUUCCUGACCCGAGAGCCGUUUACUGCGCGGACGUCCUGGACAUCGAUCAGUUCUCUACAGUCAAAGGAGUGGAGCUCAACCAGGUCGAUGAACAUUUUUACAGCAAGUUUAACACAGGAAGUGUGCCUGUGACCUGGCAGAAUGAGAUGAUCGAGACAGAGUGUUUCAAGGACCUGAAUGUGUUCGGGCCACGUGGAACAAAAACACCAGAUCUGGACCGCAGCAUUGUCAUCCCACAGCCCGAGACUCAUGUCAUCACUCGGAGUCCUACUGAAUAUGGCAGGCGCCGGCUGCUGAACCGAAUCUUCAAGAGACGCCACAGGGGGUCGUCAGCUGAACCAAUUUUUCGCCCUUCAACCAGCCAGGGGACUGACUGAUUCCGACAGAAGAGGACUAAACAAAACACUGUCCUGUUUAUCCUCAAUUUCUGAUUGAUGUAAAAGACACAAUGUCAGUGUACGUUUUUUUUUUUACUGUAUUACAAACCCUAGAGUCUUAAGAGUAUGGGUACUUUUUUUUCAUACUUUCAUAUUACAAAAACAUGUUUUAUAUGCUCCAUUUGUAAAUAAA